UUUUUUAUUAAAUUGAUUGAAAUUGUUUUAAAAAUCAAUAUUUUUUUACAAAAUCGCUUGCUAUUACCGACAGAGUUCGCGGAGCACUGUUUUAACCUAUUAUCGCGAAAUUUGAAUUAGCUCUUUUCCUUCCGGGGUAUCUUUGCAUGACGAAGUUAUAACAUAAAACAUUCAACUUAUUUAUUGGAUUUGAUUUUAUCGGAUGGAGACGUCGUUAAAUUUCGAGUUCUCAUUGAUACACGCUCGAGUGAUUAGAGCCUAGGUUUAAAACAAAUCAGUAGUCGAUAAACAUGGUAUCAUAAUGGAAGCACUUCACAUCCUCAUAAUUAUUGGACUCAUUCACUUUUCAUUCUUUUUCUUUAAUACUAUUUUCGUGUCAUGUAUGCAUCUACCCUACCUGACCCUGUUGAAUAAAUUUGGUCUAGAAAUCAAAUUAUUACGCAUAAAAUGGUUCACAACUGCCUUCAACCGUUCAUUGAUGAGAUGGGGAUUGAAUCGUUCCAAAUUCUGGUCACUGUGGUACAAUGCAGGACUGAUCUCAACGAUUGUACUGCUUCCAAUAUCAAUAGUAGUUAUUUUAAAAAUGACACUUAACAUUUGGUUGUACAAUUCAGCAUCACCAAAUGAAAAGAAAGAACAAGUAUUGGAACUUAUGGUUCCAGGAGUUGAUAUUCCUUACAAUGAAAUGGGGUACUACGUGCUCUCUUUAAUAUUAUGCAGUGUUGUGCAUGAGAUGGGACAUGCUAUGGCAGCAGUAAGAGAAGAUGUACGCUUUUUUGGGAUAGGAAUGAUAUUGUUUUUUGUUGUACCAGUUGCUUUUGUUCACAUAAGCGAUGAGCAACUUAUUAUGUUACCAGUUAAGAAUCGCUUGAGAAUUUUGUGUGCUGGAGUAUGGCACAAUAUAGUUUUUGCAGGAUUUGCAAUUGUUCUCAUAGGAGCUAUCACGGCAUUUUUUUCACCAUUUUUCAUGACAAAUGCUGGUGUCUUCAUCAAAGAUAUCUCACCAAAAUCUCCUCUAUUAGGACCUUCUGGGCUUUUAUCAGGAGAUGUAGUACACAGAAUUAAUGACUGUUAUGUAAAAAAUUCAACACAUUGGAGAACAUGUAUUCUGCAGGCAACUCAGGCACCAACUCCUGGUUACUGUGUAACAGAUAAGAUGGUCAAGGAAUUAGAUAAAUCUUUUCUGGCUCCGGAUAAAAACAAUGGAGUUUAUAACUGCUGUGAUCAGCACAAUGUAGAAAAGGGAUAUCUAUGUUUUGAGCAUUUAGAAGGGUUUGAUAUUCAGACUCCCAAAGCUGCCAUGCACUUUUGCCUUCCUACUCGAGCAAUUGUAGAAAGCUCCCAUAAUUUAUGUCAAAACAAUGACCAGUGUUUUAUGCUUAAUGACUUGUGUGUUAGACCUGUGUUGGGCAACAGAACAAAGAUUGUGCAAAUCCAAAGAUAUGGACAUAAAGAUGUACUAUUUUUUGGACAUCCUUCAGAAAUAUAUUAUACAGUUGAAUUGACUGACUGGGUUCCAAAAUUCUCCUUCUUAAAUCCGAAUUUUCCAGAGGCCUUAAUUCUACUUUGCAAGUAUAUUGCAGUUUUUUCAUCAGGCUUGGCAGUCAUUAAUGUAGUGCCUUGCUUUUACUUUGAUGGUCAACACAUUGCUGCAUUAUUGACAGAGACUUUGUUAAGAAACAAGAUACAACAACAGAGUGCACGCUCAAUGAUUACUUUGGCCAUAACAACCACAUUCACAUUGCUACUUGGAUUUAAUUUGAUAAAUAUGUACCUGCAUAAAAUGUAGACUAUGUGACUUAUUAUACAGUUAUUGUGAUACGUAAGCUAGUGCAACUAUUUAAAUAUGUACAGAUAUUUAUUAUACACUGCUGAUGAAUUUAUAAAUAUAAAAACAGUUUUCA